AUGACAGAACAGCAGAAGCGUCCUCGUGAAGAUGAUCUUCCGACUUUUGACGAUCCAGCAGACCUCGUCAACGCGGUGAUAUCAACAUUGCAAAUUCCAGAGGAGAGAACCAAUGUAGCGACUGACUACGCCAACGAUAAAAACUUGGCUACUGAAGUUCAGGCAUACGCCAAGAUCGCCGGCCGUGACUGGACGUACUACGUUAGGACUUUGGCCAUUUCGAUCGGAAGAAACACCGAAAACAAUCCUACCAACGCUCCAGCCAGCCAGCAAACAGUAAACAUCGACUUGGGUCCAGCCAAAGUUGUCUCUAGACAGCAUGCAGCCAUCAAAUAUAACAUGGAUUUAAAGUGCUGGGAGUUGACUGUGCUAGGUAGAAACGGUGCAAGAAUCGAUGGCAAUAAAGUGCCCGUUGGUUCGGAACAUGCUACUCCAUUACACUCCGGUGCUAUAUUGGAUAUAGGCGGCACACAAAUGAUGUUUAUUUUGCCUGAUGCACCUCCUAGCAUCCUGCAAAAGAUGUUAAACGUCUGUUUAUCCCGCUAUAAGCAGCAGGGUAACAAGAUGCCUGCCACAUCCAACAACCUCCCGAGAAACACGACCAUGCAUCAGCCUCUGAAUUCUAUGAGACUGUUUUUGGGUGUAACGGGAUUCCAGAUGUUUGAUAAAGCCAACUUGACGCAUUCCCCUUCAUCAGUAUCAGCUGUCUCCUUGCAGAACAAUUUGGACCAGGACUUGUCCAAGGAAGAUGCUAAGGACAUUAAGCCUCCAUAUUCUUAUGCCACCAUGAUUACGCAGGCUAUUCUUUCAAAUUCAGACGGUGUCAUGUCUUUGUCCGAGAUUUACAAUUGGAUUUCAUCCCAUUAUGCAUACUACAAGUACUCCAAAGCCGGCUGGCAAAACUCCAUCAGACAUAACUUGUCGCUCAACAAAGCUUUCGAAAAGGUUCCAAGAAGACCUAACGAGCCGGGUAAAGGUAUGAAGUGGCAAAUCAGUGAGUCUUACAAAGAAGAUUUUAUGAAAAAGAUUCAAAAUGGCACAUUGCUGAAGUCCCGUCGUGGCUCCUCAGUAUCUAGAACAUUGCAGAUUCAUCUCGCCACUCACCACAGCCUUCCAGACUCGCAGGGCUCUGGAGGCGAAAAAAGACAAAUUAUGGAUUUCCGUGGUUCCUCAAAUGGUGAUCACAUGUAUCAAAAGGUCACCCAGCCAAUGCCAUACACCGGUCUUCCACCAAAUCAAAUGCAACCACAGAUCAAUUACGGUGGUCAAAUGAACGGCUACCCCAUGCAGCAGUUCAAUGGUCCUCCAGGGUACCCAGGCAAUCCUCAGAUGCCCAACCAACCUCAUUUGCAGCAGCAUCAACAUCAACCACACCAGCAAUUUAUGUCUUCCUUAAGCGGAGAGAACAAGACGCUCGCUUCGCCCCUUAAGCACAAUACCAGACAGGACGCUAACACGCCAAAGCUACCUAAAGUAGGGGGGAGUCACGUCUUCAACCUUCCUCCCCCAACUCCUGGGACAAGUCAAUCAAGUAACAAUAACUUUGCUUUCAGAGGCAACGAGCAGAAUGCCCGCGCUUCUGAGAUUGCAAACGGUAACGAUGCGAACAACACCUCACAAGGAAACUUGAGUGAGAUGCAACAAAACUCGACUGCACCAACUACAUCAAACACUUCCGAGCUUGGCAUAGGAUACACAUCCCCCAAAAAGAUAACACCUUUGGAAGCAUUCACACCUGAACGAGGCUCCAAGGCCGGUAUGAAGCUUGGACUUCCAAAUAACGCUAACAAUGUGACGCAAUCAUCCCCAGCGUUUUGGAACUUCGUGCAAUUUAGUACGCCAAACGGACAAACUCCAGGAAGAAAAAAUAGCGAGGAAAGCAAUGACCAAGCAAGCCCCACACAUCUGCGAAGAGCAACGGUCAAGGAUUCGAAAGAUAUCCCUGACGCGAAGGUCAAUGGCUCACCAGGUAAAGCCGUCACGCCUCCUAAGUAG